AUUCCAUAUUGCCAAGCUUCUCCCCUCCUCCACUCCCAAGCUUCUCUGCUUAUAAAUAUUCUUGCCUGCUCCCCUCUCUCCUCCUCCUCCUCAAAAGAAAGCUUCACCUUCUUCAAAUCCUUCAUUCCUUGCAAGAGAGAUUUCGAGAUAAAAACCAUGGCUGCCGAGCUGGAAAAAAGCAACAAGGCACCUACCAAAAAGUUGCAGAAAAGCUACUUUGAUGUGCUAGGCCUUUGCUGUUCUUCAGAGGUUCCUUUGAUCGAGAAUAUCCUCAAGUCACUUGAUGGUGUUAAAGAGUUUUCAGUGAUUGUCCCAACAAGAACAGUGAUUGUUUUCCAUGACGAUCUCAUCAUUUCUCAGCUCCAAAUUGUUAAGGCUCUAAAUCAAGCAAGACUGGAAGCAAAUAUUAGAGCAUAUGGAGAGACCAAGCACCGAAAGAAAUGGCCUAGCCCAUAUGCAAUGGCUUGUGGUGUGUUACUUUUGUUAUCACUUUUGAAGUAUGUCUAUCAUCCUUUGCGUUGGUUUGCUAUUGGAGCAGUGGCUGUUGGCAUCCUUCCCAUCUGCUUGAAAGCUGUUGCUUCCUUGAGGAAUUUUAGGCUUGAUACCAACGUUCUUAUGCUUAUUGCAGUCAUAGGAACAAUUGCGAUGGAUGAUUAUAUUGAAGCAGGAACUAUUGUCUUCCUGUUCACUAUUGCUGAAUGGCUAGAGUCAAGGGCAAGCCACAAGGCCAAUGCUGUCAUGUCAUCAUUGAUGAGCAUAGCUCCGCAGAAAGCAGUCAUUGCUGAAACUGGGGAAGAAGUGGAUGCUGAUGAGGUCAAGUUAAACACUGUUCUUGCAGUUAAGGCUGGUGAAGUCAUUCCAAUUGAUGGAGUUGUUGUCGAUGGUAACUGUGAAGUGGAUGAGAAAACGUUAACUGGAGAGUCAUUUCCAGUCCCCAAACAGGUGGAUUCAACUGUCUGGGCAGGCACCAUUAACCUAAAUGGUUAUAUGAGUGUUAGAACUACUGCUCUUGCUGAAGACUGUGUGGUGGCUAAAAUGGCAAAGCUUGUGGAAGAAGCUCAAAACAGCAAGUCUAAAACUCAAAGGUUCAUAGACAAAUUUGCUCAAUACUAUACUCCAGCGGUGAUUAUUAUAUCAGCUAGCUUUGCAGUGAUACCGCUUGCACUACGAUUGCACAACCGUAAUCGCUGGUUUCGUUUAGCAUUGGUUGUUUUAGUCAGUGCAUGUCCAUGUGCUCUAAUCCUGUCUACACCAGUUGCAACAUUUUGUGCUCUAACAAAGGCGGCAUCAGCUGGUCUUCUGAUCAAAGGGGGCGACUAUCUUGAAACACUAGGCAAGAUUAAGGUCAUGGCUUUCGACAAAACCGGUACCAUAACAAGAGGUGAAUUUGUUGUCACAGAUUUCCAACCUCUCUGCAAUGAUAUCAGUGUAGACACAUUGCUUUAUUGGGUAUCAAGCAUUGAGAGUAAAUCAAGUCAUCCUAUGGCGGCUGCACUUGUUGACUAUGGAAAGAUGCAUUCAAUAGAGCCACAGCCUGAGAAAGUGGAGGAAUUUCAAAAUUUUCCUGGAGAAGGAAUUCAAGGAAAAAUUGAAGGGAAAGAUAUAUAUAUUGGGAACAGAAAGAUUGCUCACAGAGCAUCUGGAACAGUUCCAACACUAGAAGGCGACAAGAAGACAGGAAAGUCUGUCGGAUAUGUGUACUAUGGAGCAACUCUUGCAGGGAUUUUUAGUCUCUCUGAUAGCUGUAGGACUGGGGUUGCUGAGGCCAUUAAGGAACUGAAGUCAUUAGGCAUUAAAACUGCAAUGCUUACUGGAGAUAGUGAAGCUGCGGCUAUGUAUGCACAUGAACAGCUAGAGCAUGCUCUUGAAGUUGUUCAUGCAGAACUCCUACCUGAAGACAAGGCGGCUAUUAUUAAAGAACUUAAGAAGGAAGGACCAACAGCAAUGAUUGGAGAUGGUCUGAAUGAUGCCCCUGCAUUAGCUACUGCUGACAUUGGCAUUUCAAUGGGAAUUUCAGGUUCAGCACUUGCAACAGAGACAGGGCACGUGAUUCUUAUGUCCAAUGAUCUCAGGAAAGUACCAAAAGCCAUCCGGCUUGGCCGUAAAUCUCAUAGAAAAGUGAUUGAGAAUGUGAUUAUGUCCAUGAGCACGAAGUCUGCUAUCCUGGCCUUGGCGUUUGCUGGUCACCCACUUGUUUGGGCAGCCGUUCUUGCUGAUGUAGGUACAUGCUUGUUGGUCAUUUUGAACAGCAUGCUGCUUUUACGAGGCACUCGUGCAGGAAAAUGUAAAAAAUCAUCAGGUGCGUCGCAUUCGCACAAACAUGGUAUUAAGAAUUCAUCACACAAUCAUCAUAAUUGUUGUUCUAGCCAAAAUGUCAAGAAGGUGGAAUGUGGGGCUCAAAAGUGUUGCUCUAGCCCAAAAGUUGAGCAGGUGCAGAGCGGGGCUCUAAACUCAACCUGUGCCUCAAGGUGUUGCUCUAGUCCAAAUGUUGAGAAGGUGCCAAGUGGGUCUCAAAAUUCAAGCUGCAGCUCAGGGUUUUGCUCUAGCCCUAAAGUUGAGAAGGUUCCCAGUGGAGCUCAAAAUUCAAGUUGUGCCUCAGGGUGUUGUUCUAGCCAGAAAGUUGAGAAGGUGCAGCUUGCCGCUCAAAAUUCAAACUGUGCCUCGGGAUGUUGCUCUAGCCAGAAAGCUGAGGUGAAGCUUGUGGCCCAGAAUCCAAGCUGCGACUCAGGGUGUUGCUCUAGACCAAUAGUUGAGAAGGUUCAGAGCGAGGAUCAAAAUUCAAACUGUGCCUCAAGAUGCUGCUCUAGCCAGAAAGUUGUGAAGGACCAUUGUGUGGCUCAAAGUUCAAGCCUUACCUCAGGAUGCCAAUCUAGGCAACAUAGUGUCAGCUCAUGCAGAAACCAAGAGUGCGCUGACUCAGCUCAGAGCCAUGAUGCACCUGUAGCAACUAAUGCUAGUGGAGUUCAUGAAGCCAAGCACCACGAUCAUAGUUGCUUUAACACAGUCAAUCCUAACACAGAGGCAAAUCAUCCACGCAGCCAUGACUGUUCAAACCCUCCCAGAUUGAAACAUCUAUGCCAUAAUUCAGUAGAAACUCAAGGUAAAUGCUCAGAUGGAGAUGGUCUUCAUAAGGAAAAACACUGCCACCAUUCACACGGUGAACCUGCUGCUACUCAUCAUGGUAUUCAUCACCAUUCAAGUCAUUCUUCUCAUGAUUUAGAAGGCAGCCAAAAAACGACAGACAAUACUACUAAUUGCUGCUCCAAGAGCAGGUGUAAAAACACUAUUGACAUUCCCAAGAAUGAAGAGUCAAUAGGAGAGAUUGUUGAAUCCAGUUGCAGUCCCCAGCAUCAACAUCAAGAGUUACACCAAGAGUUGAAGAAGAAGUGUUGCACAGGCUGCGCUCCACCUCACACUGUUAUUGAUAUCGAGCCAACAACCAUGCAUGCUUGUAUGAGCAUGGAGAAGAGAGAGAUUGGUGGAUGUUGCAAGAGCUACAUGAAGGAAUGUUGUAGCAAGCAUGGACACUUUGCAACUGGCUUUGGUGGAGGUUUAUCUGAAAUCACCAUCAAACAAGUAUAAAGAUCUUUAGAUGAAUAUUGUUUUGGCUCUAGCGAAGAAACUAGGAAAUUUUGGUGAAAUAGGUGUAGUAACCAAGAACCAGAAUUAAUGAAUGAAAUGAAAUGAAGAAGUGUGUUCGAUGUUUACAGAAAUAUUGUAUUUCAUCAGUCUGCAAGUGAUUAAAACCCUUGUACAUCAAUAUGAAUAAUAAUUAGUCAUAUAUCUGAAUUAUGACAAGCUUGAUCUUCUGUUUAA